AUGGAACAGAACAAAGCAACCAUUGUGUCACAACUUCAACAUUUGAAGCACCAGAGUGGUAAAUCUUACACUCAGUUAGGAGAGGAAACAGGACUCACCAAUGUCUAUGUUGCUCAGCUUCUCAGAAGACAAGCCCAACUCAAACCUGAAACUGCCCCUAAACUCCAGGCAGCACUGCCCGACCUGCCCAAACAACUUGUCGAUGAGAUGAUGAAACCUCCUUUGAGGUCUUAUGACCCUAAUAUCAUCCAAGAUCCCACUAUUUACAGAUUGAAUGAAGCUGUUAUGCAUUUUGGGGAGAGCAUCAAGGAAAUUAUCAACGAGGAGUAUGGGGAUGGGAUCAUGUCCGCAAUAGAUUUUUUCUGCUCAGUUGACAAAGUUAAAGGAGUUGAUGGGAAGGAACGUGUGGUAUUGACAUUCGACGGGAAAUAUUUGCCACAUACAGAACAUAAAACAGAGCAUAUGGUUUCAAGAACAAGGCCACUGGAGAAACAGUGA